AAAUUUGAGAUAAAAUUGGUUUCGAAAGUCGGGAUAUUGAGAUGAACUUGGAUAUAUGGCUCAAAAACUCCAAGCGUUGCUCAAAGAAUCAGGAGUCUACAGUUAAUGAUAACUACAAAGAUGCGGAAAUGUUGGAAAAAGAGAUCCAAUCGGAGGCGGAAUCUGUUUUUCGGAAUAGUGCAUUGAAAUUAAUUGCAGAGUGUGUCAAAGAAUAUGAUAUUUCAUACAAAAACAUACAAAACAGUGAAACCAUUAUCGGAUAUUGAGUGCCUGAAAGACCAAGUUCUGCAGAAUUCAGCUACGACAUUAGAGCUACAAGCAUUGCAAGAUGUACGAUCAGGCGAAGUAACUGGUUAUAUCGAAAUAUUAAAUGAUAAAAGUGCUGAAACAGGCAAUGCAAAAACAUUAAUGUCACUCACCAGGUCUCCAGAUCCAAAAAGCGCUUCAAGUUCUGCAAGCAACAUUCCUUUUAUGCCCGUUGAAUGCGUUACGUACUUCGAAGCAGAUAUUUAUUCAUGGGCAACUCUGUAUGGACCGUGUAAUCACACUUUCUUCGCUUAUAUUGCUAUGUUUCUGUCUGAUGUUAUCAUCCUUAUCACCAUUAUUGUUGAUGCCGUUGCUUUCUAUCGCAUCGUCACUUAUUUAAAAGGAAGAAAGUGUCAGAAAGCUAAUGCAACCCAACAGAGGUCAGAACAGGAAAUCUCAUUUUUCAAACAGACCUGUGUGAGCACUGUCGUAUAUGCAUUCUUCAUAGUUACGUCCUAUAUUAAAAUACCUGUGUCACGUUUGACUCAAAUUACUUACACAUGGCUUGCAAUACUCACAUUAGAUGGUUUGGUAUUCUUAUACUUCAAUCGCCGUUUAUUGAUAAAACAAAAUGCGGUGGGCUUUCAUACGAACACAACGGACUUACGCACAAAAGCAGUGAAAAAUGAUACGAACGCAACGAUUAAAUGCGCAACAGCGAAUAAUCAUGUAAAUAUCACUUCAACAAAGAUGUGA